AUGCCUGAUCUCGACGAAAUUAGCUACUCUCGCGAGGCGACAAUCGGCGCCUUCCGCGACUAUUACCGCUUCCUUGUCGACCUGUACAUGGAGGAUUCCGACAUCAUCGAGCCGCCAAAGGGAGGAUGGCCCACCGUUUCACCGGAAUUUGGACAACUAUUUGGGAAGUCGGACGAGGUGAUUGCAUUACUCCGCAGUCUGCCUUACAUUCGUCAAAACUCGCCCAACGGCCAAUGGUCUCCUCCUCACGGCAGUGCCAACUGUUAUUGGGCGGACUGGCAAUCGCUGGCCGAUCUCGGGGGAGUCGAGGCUGGAGUAGACAUGAGUGGCCUCGGAGAAACUCUCAAGGUCAUGACUGAAGGUGCUCUCGAUGAUGUGCUGGCCCACGUUGUCGGCCUCACCUACGGCGACAGGGAGAACAAGACCUUCCUCCUCGACACGGAGUUCGGCGUCGUUCACUGGCCAGAGUCUGAUGGGGGCGGUGACCAUCGGCACAACUUAGACGACGAUCCUUCUUUCAUCGAGCCAGUCGACCCCUGGGUUGUGGAUGAGCAUAUGCCUGAGAACGAGAUUGAGUGGCGGCACGAGUCCCCGGCUUGGGCAACCACAGACUUCUUUGAGCUUCUGAAGAAGCAGUUCCGAGAGCUCAAGUGGAUCCCCAUAAAUGCUCGAGAGGUCAUUGCAUUUGACACCACUUCUGCGCUAUCCGAAGACGGGAUGAUCCCCAUGCUCCAGGGGAUCUUUCGAGAGCAUGGCUGGCCAUCUGAGCAGGGUGUUACUUAUCGCAAACGGGAGUGUUUGGAGGCUGUGAAGGCGGCAUUGGAGGAACAUUAUUCUACUUUUCAUAAGUUUGGUUGA